AUGUCUGUAAAUAAUCUGGAUCAUGUUUCUAUUUGGUGUGAUAAACCUGAUUAUGCUGGUUUGCUCAAAGAUGGCCCAACUGCGCUUGCUGGUAAUAUAAAAAAUGAUACGUUCAGAACGUUCUCGACAGAUACAAAGUUUACUGGAAAUGUCAGAGAAGAUUUGUUGAUUAGAAUGUUGAAUACGUUUGUUAGGGUGAAUAAUGAAAGCAAUUCUCAUGCUACUAUGGUUUGCAAUCAACUAAUUUUUCAUUGGAUAGAGAGUCUGACAUAUUUUUGUGGACAAAACAUGUCUCCCAAUACGUAUGCCUUUGCAUCGGUUAUGACAUUUUCUGCUUGUAUACCACCAUUAUCUGAGCUUUUGAAAUUAUGGAAAUACAUGUUUGCUCCCGGCCGUCACAUGAAUUUUUUGUUCAUCAUUGCACAACUUGCUUUGAUUUGUACCGAAUUACUUCAAAGCCCAAGUCCCAUUAAUUUAUUACCAGUUUUACCUCCGUUGCGGGCAAAGGCCAUUAUAAAUCUUGCAAGUUCGAAAAGUUGGAACACUAAGCUAGUAUACUCAAAGUAUUUCGGCCAGACAGAAAGAGGUUCAGAAGCUUAUGUGAAAAAGAUGAGUUUGGUAAUAUAUUCGACCAACGUUUUUAAGAACAAGUGUGACACUACGGUACCUUUUUAAUGGGAUGCGGAAUAAUUUAUUGCUUUUGUUCCGUCGUGUACAUUUGGCACCGAAUCGAGAGGAGAACAAACAAGAGAGAAUUACCCUUGC